CCUCUUCAAGCCCUUGCUAUACCUCGCCGACAAACACCUCGCCAAUUUACAACAGCGUGCUUUUCAUUUUCAAAUAUCAACGAUGCCGCCGGUCUUGCGCGAGAGGCACAAGGACGCGCGCAAAAACAAAAGCAAGGGCAAGACUAAGGCCAAAAGCAAGGGCAAAACCAAAACCAAGACCAAAACCAAGAGCAAGAAGGUCAGGGUCAAGGAAGAAGAUGAGGUCAAGGUCAAAGAGGAAGACAGCUCCAGCACACACCCGUAUUCAGGGCAAGAUGGUCCAGAUAGAAAGGUACCAGCUCAAGCGCCUGCACUUGUGCCUGAACCCAUCGUCGAUCGCACCGCACCAGAGUCGAGUUCAGGAGAUAUGCGUGUUCCAGAGCCUGCUCCAGCGCACGCGUCACUACCAAGAAAUCGGCUCCCCCUUGUACCCAUUAAUGACGAUGAGCCUGCGCUGGAGUUCCUAAGCGGUAGCAAAGGAAAGCUGAGCCGCACCUCUGGUGUCAUCUCCGAUAUAACCGGCAUUACCUUGGAGCAGUUGCGCGCCGUAUGGAAUCGCGCUUGCUCAAACGGGAGCCGUAUGCAAAUCACUGGUCAGCACCGCUGCUUUGAGCUCUGCGGUGCUACGAACAGGCCAGGUGGAUACAUGCAGCUGUAUGUCAACCGUAGGAAGCAGAUGGCGCAUGUAGUGGCAUAUAUGCUGUGGUACCGCAAGUACUACUUGGAUCAGCGUGUGUACCACCUCUGUGAUAACAAUGUUUGCAUCAACCCUGCGCACUUGGUGCAGGGAUCGGAAGGGAAGUACAUAUCGCACAACCGCCACGGUUGGCGGCUCGAUAAUGGACAGCAGCACGCAUCAGACGGCAUGGCUCUACAGCUGCCUGUGUUCGAGGAGGGCGCGAUGCUAUACAACCCGAUGCAUGGCUUGACAUAGAUUCGCAUGGUAAUGUCAUGGUUCCAUUAAAGUACGUGGGAUGAGAUGG